CACUACCUUUAAAUCAGUUUCACCUUUUACUUAAUCAAAACAACUAGUUUAGUUUAUAAAUAAGAUUAAUACGUAUAUUAUAUAAUUGAAACAUCACGUGCCAAAAUUAUACCAAAAUAAACGCCAUAAAUGCGCCAAGUUCAAUGAGCCACAACGAAACCUUAUCGGAUCAUCAUAUUGUUCUACGUGUGACUGACGAUUGUUUACAUUUGGUUGAUUGGCACUUUGGAAGUUGCCAGGCGGGUUUACGAGAUACGAUCGCAUAUGUUUGAAGCCCUCCACUUGUGAUCUAAGAUCUGUGCCCGCUGCAGUCUGCAUCUGGUACUGAUCAGGAAAGGAGAUUCUAUCCGAUCUUCUCCAAAAUGAACUCCCUAUUCGUGUUUAUGUUUCUGAAUUAUGUAGCUCUGCUACUAUUUUAUAUACAAUCCGUUCAAGCCAUUCCAGCUAAGAACCCCCUAUUGCAGCGAGAUAUUAUUUUUCCCAAGGAGUCCUUUGACGAAUGCUUCACCGAUGAUGCCAACAGGACGAAAGGCACUUGCUGUCGCAUGGAGGAGUGUCCUUCGGCGAUGAAGAGAUGGAUCGAGAAGCGGGAAUCCCCCAAGACCUGCUACUUUGUUAAAUUCGAUCACUUUGUGUGCUGUGAACCGGAAACGGAUACCCGCAUACCGGAAAUAAGCACCGUAGUGCCACCUAUAACUCUACCAACCACAAAUAAUCCCAAUAGGGUUCCGUUCGUUAACCGUAGCAGUCAGGAAGCUUGUUAUUUCUACAACAACCUGCAGAAGGUCAGUGGCAACGAGCUCACCUUUGUGUUCUCCGUUGUCGGCGGGAUGCCCACCCGCUACAGGGAAUACCCCUUCAUGGCGGCCCUCGGCUGGCGAUCGAACUUUGACGACAAGACCAUAUACUAUCGCUGUGGCGGAGCCCUAAUCUCGGAGAGAUUCGUUAUGACGGCAGCUCACUGCAUCGACUUUGGCGGGGAUCCCCCCAGCCAGGUGCGUUUGGGCGGCGACAAUCUGACCUUGACGGAGGGAGAGGAUCUACGCAUCCGUCGGAUCAUAGUCCACCCGGAGUACGACUCGAGUACGGACUACAACGACAUCGCCCUACUGGAACUGGAAGAACCUGCGGCGCCAGAACUAAAGCCCUCGUGUCUCUGGUACGAGCCGGAAUUGGCCAACUCCGCGGUCACGGCCAUCGGUUACGGCCAGACGAGCUUCGCCGGACUCUCCUCCGCCCAGCUGCUGAAGGUGCCGCUCCAGCGAGUGUCCAACGACAUCUGCCGGUUCCACUACUCCGCCGACCAGCUCACCCGUGGUCUUCUGGACAGUCAGCUGUGCGCCGGAGACGACGCCGGAAAGCGGGACACUUGCCAGGGCGACUCCGGCGGACCUCUGAUGAUGACGAGCGGCUACCUCAGCUACGUGGUGGGGAUCACCUCUCACGGGCAGGGAUGCGCGAGUGGACCGCCCACGGUCUACACCAGGGUGUCCAGCUUCCUGGACUGGAUCGAGGGGCAUGUGUGGCCUCAGGGCUUUCAGGUUCCGAGGCGGCAGCCGCAACCGAUGCUCCAGUUGCAAAGGAAAAGAGAAACUAGUCCGGAAUUCGAUUUGAGAUCCAUUUUCUAAGAAUUCAUUUUAUAAUUUGUAGUUUUUAGAAUAAAUAUUUUUAAAUAAAAGAAGUGGCGCGUAAA